CCAGUAUAAAUAUUUUAAACCCGGGAAAUUAGCGCGCUCUAAUAGUCGGCUUAUCCUCGAAUAUUGUUUAUUUUUUUUAGUUUUUAAAUAGAAACGCACAAACUUAAUUUUUGAAUCUCGAGUAAACAUGUUGAAAGUACACGACGAAAUGCCAAGAACGCACAACGAGCUCGUCGACCAUUUGGUUGAUACAAAAGCGGUUUGCACGAAAAAAGUGGAAAUGGCGUUCAGAGGUGUCGAUCGAGGCAUCUAUUACAACACGAAAGACUUGGACAGUGCUUACAAGUUAUUGACUUGGAAGUCCGGACUUACAAACGUACCGUCGCCGUUCGUGCACGCUUUUGCGUUGGAGUUCCUCGAGUUGGAACCGGGACAUGCAUUUUUGAACGUCGGUUCCGGUGUCGGUUGUUUGAACAUUAUGGCCGGCCUGUUGCUCGGUCCGUACGGUGUCAACCACGGUGUUGAAAUUUCCAGCUAUCUCGUGAAGUACGCUUACAGCAAACUAGAACAGUAUAAAUCGAAUGCAGCGGCAAUGGAUUAUUAUGAUUUUUGUGAACCAAAAUUUGUGGCAGGAAACGUAAUUGAUCUGUCACUAACGGGUAUGUACGAUAGAGUUUACUGUGGGGCCGUUGUUGAACCUGAGUAUCAAAUGUUCAUAAGGUCGCUUGUCAAGGUUGGUGGAAUUUUAAUCACAAUGACCGUAAACGAACACUUAAAAUGUAAGCGAAUUGAUGAAAGUACAUGGAGCGAAACAAAAUUAUUCCCAAUGCUAGUUAAAAAACUAAUGCACUUGCCGGCAAAGUUUGCUAUAAAUCCAGCACCAUCUUUCACCGUCGAGCCCCACACUUUACAAGACCUAUGCAGAUUUAAGGUGCGUUCGUUAUUACGUGAUAAAUUAUUGAAUAAAUAUCCGUCCCUACAAAUGCAAACAAUGUGUACUUCGGAAGAAUAUCCACUAGAAGAACCGGAAUUUAUAUAUGCUGAUUAUAUGGAUACAAUAUUUGCUUCUAAUUUCACAGCUGAACCGUGGGAGUUCCCUUAUCACAAUGUUACUUUUCCGAUGCUCAACAAUGACAUUCAUUUUAGUGUAAUGAGUUCUGAAGAAAUCCCUGCCACACGUACAAACAUUACAAAUUUAAAUCAUGAAACUAAUUCUGAAGAAAAUGAGACUUCGAAUCAACAAAAUGUUGAAGCUGAUACUGAAGAUAACCUUCUAUUUCUUAUCAAAUACCCUCAACCUAAUUUGAGUGAAUGUAAUUCUACAGAUGUUGAGCCUGAACCCGAAAAUGCAAGAGUUGCGCCCACAGUACCGACAAUAUCAAACAGUCCAACCACGUCUUCUUGCUGCAAUACGAGUGAAGAACGAAUGUUAUUUAGCUGGCUAUCUCAAUCUGAAGAGAAUGGUCUUGGCUCUGUUAUAGAUGAAAUACAUACCAUGACAAGUGACGGUGAUGUUGGCACAUGUUUAGGAACGCAAUAUGAGGGCACUAGAACAAGUCGGUUUUUACCAAUGAUUAACAAGCCACCUUCAAAGAGUAGGUUCGAUGGUUUUAAUGCACUACCGAACUGGUUACAAGACAUUGACAUAACCAAAAAAUAUCCAUGUAAUUUUAUCCCUGAUCGUCAAAACAAUAAGCUAAGUAAGCUAUUAAAAAGCGAAAUAAAUAAUUUAGCGAUUCCAGAAUCGUUAAAAAAUUAUCUUAACUUAGUCAGAAAUUAAAUGAAAAAAUGAUUUAAUAAUUUUAAUACUUUUUUUUUUUUAGUAUUUUAGAGAUAGCUUUUAAAUUUUUGAGAAACUAUAUAUUUCAUAUAUAGUUAGUUUUUUUAUCAGCAUCGUUGAAUAUAUAUUUGUUUUGAUAUUUCAAUUAAUAGUAAAUUAGUUUGGGAGUGCAAGAAAGUCAUCGACCCUAUUAUCAAAAAUGUAUUCUAUUAGGAACAAUUAAGUGCCAAACUUUUCAAAAACAAUUAAUUUUUAGACCAGCCUAGAUCGGAGUUGCUGACGUAUUACUUAAAAAAAAUAUAUAUAUUAAAAAACCAGUUACUUUUUUGUUUAAAAUAACAGGUUAUAUGUAUUAAGUAAAGAAAAAUGUAUUUAAAUAAAGUAUUGUAUGAAAUUUAAAAAAAAAACUAAUUUAAAUGUUUGGAUUAGUGUAAUUUAGCGUUAUACUCUAUAGCCAAUUUUUGUGAUUUAUAUUAUUGAAUAAGUCUUUAUCGUCUUCCAAUUUCUUCACAUUUGAGCUUUAGAAAUUGGCUCAUAAAAAUAUAUAAGAAACUAAUUUCAAAACUGAGAUGCCACCUGUGUGUUUUU